CCUUCAAUAGUGAAAGAUCAGUACAAAUGGACCGUGUAUAUGUCACAAGUCAACCUACCUGCACUCCUCAACGAUCCGCGCCUAACUAGGAGAGAGACUGACUUCUUCACUAAAACCUGGGGCGAGGGUUUUGAGAGGAGCCACUUUCAACCAUCACCACACAUUCCAACUAUUACAUACGACCAUUUUAAAAAUUUCCUAAUUAAAACUAAUGCUAGGAAUAAAGGAAAGAAGAAAUUGAAGACUUCACCCAGUGACGAGAUUGCACAGAAACAAAUAGUGGAAUCAACUUUCAAGACAGAAGAAUUUGAUGUCAUCCCAAAAAUUUUUUUCAACCCAAGUUUCAGCUUAUUAGAUGCUGACACUUUUAAUUUUCCAUUACAGCCACAGCAACAAAAACAACAAUUACAAAAACAAACACGUCAACCUCGUUCUUCAAAAUUACUCCAAGAGAAGUUGAGUCACUACUUAGACCUGAUCGAGGUGCAGAUAACGAAGCAAAUAUCGUGCAAGUCAGAUGCAUUCUUUGACGCCAUGGCUUCUCAGAAUAAUUUACAAGGGCAUUUGCAGAAUACUUGUAAAUCCGUGCUAUUUUUGAGAGAGAAAAUGAGGCACCUUGAUGAGAUGAUGGUGAAGCAGCCCCUGCAUGUCAUCCACCAGUAUGCUGUCAGGUGCAAGUAUCAACAGAUUCUAGAGAAGUUGAAGCUGAUGCUGACCGUCCAGCAGACCCAGCCGACCUUGCAGCUGCUGCUGACCACAAACGACUUUCUCGGCGCCCUCGACCUCAUCUCGACCACGCAGGAAGUUCUUACCCAGGAGCUCGCCGGCCUCCAUUGUUUCAGGCACCUUGGUUCGCAGCUGCACGAGAUGGAGAAGUUGGUAGUUCGCAUGAUUCAAGACGAGUUUGCAUCCUUCAUCACUGGCUUCUUCAAUCAGCCUGUCCUUGUCGAUCAGAUCGGUGAUGAUGAAAAACUAUUGCUAAUAUCACUCGGCAUAUACCGCCACCACAAAAUCAAUUUCAUGGACGACCUUCACCUUGAAUCCACUACUACUAUCAGGACUGUCAUCAAGCAGACGGUGAUAGAAGCGGUUGUGAUGACAGAAGUUUAUGAGUCUGAUAACAACAACAGGUUGGCGAGUCAGAUGAGGUUGUUGACGUACGAUCAGUGGUUAGCCAUGCUGAAGAAGCUGUUCAUCAGUCUCGUUCUCGUCCUACAAAGAGUUCAAAAGAUUUCACUGAAUGUUGACAGCAGUGUUGAGAAACAUCAGACAGUCGAUCGAAACAUGUUGAAAAAUAAUUCAACAUUUUGCCUAGAUGCAGAUGAGUCCAGUGCAAUAACACUGCCUUCCCACAAAGACAAUUACUAUGAUGAUUAUGCAAACGACGCUGCUAGUCACAUUGGUAAUUUUCAUCAACAGCUAGCAACAACAUCAACAGAAACUACAUCAACAUCAACAUUGACAUCGUCGUCAACAACAACAUCAACGUCACACGUAAAGGAACCAGCAACACAUGAUGAUAAAUACACCGGUCUUGACGCAACCUCAUCAUCCAAUAAUAAUAAUAAUAAUAAUAAUAAUAACAACAACGAUUGCGACCCCAUCCUAUCCCACGUUGAAUGGUUAAGGAUGAGUCACUCACUCAACGAACUCAUCUGCAAAGUUACAGAGCACGCUCACGACCGAUGCUUCAAACUUUUCACUGCCAGAGCCAAGGAUGGCUUCCUAGAUAGGUUAUCAAUGUCUGAGUUUCUCGAACUUUCCAGAUGCGUUGAAUGGUUCUCAAGUCAGACCUACCGGAUAUGCGGACGGAGGUCAACGACCUUGAGAGGUCACCUGCAAAAUCAGGUGAUGAAGUUUGUGAACAAGUUCCAUGAAGAAAAGAAGAAUAAACUCUGUUUGAUCUUGGACAAAGAGAGGUGGAAGCAAGUAGAUGUUCCAAUGGAGUUUCAAGAACUUGCAGAUCACAUCACUAACACUGGCGAUCUGUCAUUACCAGCCAAGAAAACAGAUCCAGGUUCUUACAGCAGAACUCAGGAAUAUCUGCUGGUGAAAAAUGAAAAGUUCAUUUUGGUCGGCACUGCCCUGAUACUGCUGAAGAUGAUGGUGGAAUACUGCCAGUUUGUGGACGAGAUGCCAUGCACGGCUGCCGACAUGCUAUCCAGGCUCGUCGAACUGCUGAAGACAUUCAAUUCAAGAACCUGCCAGUUGAUAUUAGGAGCUGGAGCUCUCCAUCUUGUCGGUUUGAAAACCAUUAAUGCCAAAAAUCUUGCACUAGCAUCGAGAUGUCUGCAGUUGUUCGUGUACUACCUUCCCAUGGUGAAAGAGCACUUCGCUGCCCACCUGACCGACAAACAGGCCCCAAUGAUUAAGAGGGUUGACCAUUUGAUCAAGGAUUACAACAAUCACAUCGUCGAGAUAUCAAUGAAGCUGGUCUCUAUCAUGGACGCGGCCAUACUAAGUGCCCUAUCAAAGUACGAGUUAAAAUCCUCAUCGUCGUCGUCAUCAGCAUCAGCAACGUUUGAGAACAUCACCAAGCAACUGACCAGGUUUCAUGAGGCGAUUUUCACCCUACUGACCACCGCACAAAUUCAAGUGAGCCUGUGGUUAUUCUUAUUAUUAUUUAUUAUAAUAAUAACCAUAAUAUUAAUAAUAAUAAUAAUUAUUAUUAUUAUUAUCGUGAAACAGUGCAUAAUAAACCAGUUCCACGUGAAUUUUGUGCUGAGUUUGAAGAGGAAUCUUGCCAACCUGCACUUCAAUAAAGACGAUCGAAAUAUGAAGAGGUGA